UCUAGUGAGCGAUUGGCUGCCUUUACCCUCUCCCCUUUGCCUCUGUCCCAUUCACAUUUAAAGCUGAGCUACAAUAGGCUCACUCACUGACUUAAAAAGACAUCUUAGAAAACAAAAAAGUAACUAUGGCAGGAGCGGGGUUCAACAGGGAGGUGAUGCAUAUCGAGAAUAAUGACUCUAAACACAUUUCCAAAGAAGAAGUUGCAAAACUGAUUCAUCUCUCCCAGGAAGCAAAGAAGCAAUCCUACUGUCCUUACAGCAAAUUCAGAGUCGGGGCAGCGCUGCUCACCUUUGACAACCGUGUGUUUACAGGUUGUAAUUUGGAGAAUGCAUGUUACAAUCUGGGAAUGUGUGCUGAGAGGAAUGCUAUUGCAAAGGCAGUGUCAGAAGGGCACAGAGAUUUCACGGCCAUUGCAAUUGCCAGCGAUAUCAGUGACCAGUUCACUUCCCCAUGUGGAGGCUGCAGGCAGUUCAUGAGAGAGUUUGGAUCACACUGGGAUGUAUACCUCUCAAAGCCUGAUGGCUCGUACAAGAAAAUGUCUGUGGAAGAGCUUCUGCCGGUCUCCUUCGGCCCUGAAGACCUGACCAAGGAGAAAGUGCCUUACAUUCCUAAUAACUACUGAGCCCGUCUUCUAGUACGAAAACACAUGGGUAUCCAUGACAUGCAGUGUACUUUAAACACAUACUGAUCAUUUAUUAUGUCAUGCAGCAGUUAUAUUUAUGGUCAAUAUUUGUUGGUGUAUUAUUUGUAUAAUUGUAAACAAUGUUAAAUAUUUAAGUGUACUCUAAAUACCAAGUUAUACUAACAAGUCUAGAAAUAGUGCAUCUCAAUUAGCCACCUACCUACCCCCUUGUAUAUGAUGAACAUUGUGUAGAUAGAACAAAAAUGUAGUGCAGUUAAAAGAAGCACAAACAACAGAUGUCAAACAGGUCAAACUUAUCCACACACUUUAAUAAAUAAACCAUUUUA